AUGAGUUUCCACAAGGAGAACGGGAUGGGCAGCUUGUGCCACAAGGCUCUGCAGAUCAUCUCCGAGCUGUGCCUGGGAGGCCAAGUGGAGUUGGAGAAAUGUUCAGGCAUCUUCCCGGUGGAGACGACCAACCAAGGUAUAGCCAGCUCAGACAUCUCCGUCAGCCUGCUAGCAGUUGUCGUCAGCUUCUGUGGGCUCGCCUUGCUGUUGGUCUCACUGUUUGUCUUCUGGAAGUUGUGUUGGCCAUGCUGGAGGAGCAAGCCAAUGACUUCAAAUCCCACGAGCAUCCCUCAAAGCACUUCCAGUGCUCCCCCAGAAGUUUUGGAAACUAACGAGAAAAAGGAAAUGAUUAAAGAAAACGGCAAGCCUUCAACAAAGAUUGUGGAGGCGCCCAUGAAAAUUAGCCACACGUCACCAGAUAUUCCAGCCGAAGUUCAGAAUGCACUGAAAGAGCAUCUAAUAAAACAUGCCCGUAUGCAAAGGCAGAUCACAGAGCCCACAUCCUCAUCAAGGCACAAUUCUUUCCGGAGACACUUGCCAAGGCAAAUGCAGGUGUCCAGCGUUGAUUUUAACAUGGGGACAGAUCCCAUUUUACAGAGGGGGGAAACAACCACCAGCAUUGGGAGGAUAAAACCUGAACUCUACAAACAAAAGUCUGUGGAUUCAGAAGGCAAGAAAGAAGAUGUGAAAGUCUGUGGGAAACUUAAUUUCACCCUUAAGUAUGAUUACGAAAAUGAACUGCUCGUAGUUACCAUUGUCAAAGCCUUGGAUCUACCUGCUAAAGACUUUACAGGUACAUCAGAUCCCUAUGUGAAAAUCUACCUUCUUCCAGACAGGAAAAAGAAGUUUCAGACACGAGUGCACAGAAAGACUUUGAAUCCUGUCUUUGAUGAAACCUUUCAGUUUCCUGUAGCGUACGAUCAGCUUUGCAACAGGAAACUACAUUUCAGUGUAUAUGAUUUUGACAGAUUUUCUAGGCACGAUAUGAUUGGGGAAGUUAUUCUGGAUAAUUUUUUUGAAGUCUCUGAUCUCUCCAGAGAAGCCACAGUAUGGAAAGACAUCCACUGUGCCACUACAGAAAGCAUAGAUUUGGGAGAGAUCAUGUUCUCUCUUUGCUAUUUGCCUACUGCAGGAAGAAUGACCCUCACAGUCAUCAAAUGUAGAAAUCUCAAAGCCAUGGACAUCACUGGUUCAUCGGAUCCAUACGUUAAAGUAUCCCUGAUGUGUGAUGGCCGGCGAUUGAAAAAGAGGAAAACAACAACAAAGAAGAACACUCUCAAUCCAGUAUACAGUGAGGCCAUCAUCUUUGACAUCCCUCCAGAGAAUGUGGACCAGGUCAGCCUCUCCAUUGCCGUUAUGGACUAUGACCGAGUAGGACACAAUGAGGUGAUUGGGGUCUGUAGGACCGGACUCGAUGCAGAAGGACUUGGAAGAGACCAUUGGAAUGAAAUGCUGGCAUAUCCCCGCAAACCAAUAACCCACUGGCACCCUUUAGUUGAGUUGCCAGGCCGAGCAACCAGUUUUGACAGUCAAGGAUCUUGUUCAUCACCAAAACCACCACUUACGCCCUAG